AUGGUCAACACAUCGCUGAAACGGAGACGGACCGAGGAGCAGUUGCGCGGAAAGGUGCCCAAGAAGGAGAAGAGAAAGGUCAAGAAGCAGAAGAACUACCACAGUUCGAGCGAGGAGGAAGGCGGCGCGCGCGAUGCUCCAUUGCGCGGAAGCAGCCAGGAGCCCGAGGAGCCAUUCCAGCCGUCUGGUGUCAAUGCGACGUUACCCGGAAAGCAAGAACUCUCGAAGCAGCAGCUGAGAAAACAGGCAAAGUUCGAGGCCAAGAAGGCGGCACAGCAAGCAGCAGCGGCAGAGGAGUCUUCAGCCAGCGACGACGAAGAGGAAGUCGAAGCGGCACCCGCGCAGAAACCUGAGCCCAAGUUCAAGGCCAGCAUACCUGCACAAGCCCCGGCAAAGUCUGCACUGAAGAAGACUGCGCCCGUCGACCACGAAGCGCCAUUGCCCAGUGACGCCGAAGACGAUGUGGAGAUGGACGACUCUGAACCUGAGGCGGAUGAGUUCUCCAUUGCCGAUUCCGAAUCAGAUGCCUCCGAAACAUCAACCACGGCCGCGCGCAAAGUACGGAAACGGAACGACCCCGAAGCCUUCGCCAACUCCAUCUCCAAGAUUCUUGGUUCGAAGCUGACGACAUCGAAACGCUCCGAACCCAUUCUGUCCCGCAGCAAAGAUGCCGCCACUGCCAACCGCGAGCUCGCCGACUCGAAACUCAGCGAGAAGGCGCGACGACAAAUUGUUGCUGAGCGGAAGGCGGCACAAGAAAAGGGCCGCGUGAAGGACGUCCUGGGCCUGAACGACCCCAACGUCAGCACAGCCGCCACAUCAGCGAAGGAGAAGGAGCUCAGGCGGACGGCACAGAAGGGUGUCAUCAAGCUUUUCAACGCCGUACGAGCGGCGCAGGUCAAGGGUGAACAAGCCGAGAGGGAGAGCAAGGCGGGCAUGGUCGUCGGCAUGGACAAGAGGGAGGAGAAGGUCAAGGAGAUGAGCAAGCAGGGUUUCCUCGACAUGAUUACAGGAGGACAGAAGAAGGAGGGUAGCGUGGAGGCCUGA